UAAAUAAGCACACAGGUGACCAGCUGGGCACUGUAAGCUGACCGCUGCUGUUGUGUGCGAUCUGAAUGGAUCUGAGAGACGACGGGGUUAAGGUCGGGCAUGGAGAACCCCUGAGGAACCCCUCUCUCAGGACUCGGCUGCAUAUCUUACACUCGCUCAGUUUGUCUUUUAUGGAGGGGCAAGUCAGGGAUACUUCACCCGAGCUGCUGGGAAGGAGAAAGAAAACGCGCUUGUGAAUUGAGGUGAGGAGGUAAAGAAAAGUAUAUGUGAGAAGAUAAAAAAAAUGUUUUAAAUAAACACAAUCGUCUCCUUUUUAGAAGCCCCCAUCCCAACAUCACCCCUCUCUGUUUCCCAAAUUUCAUUUCCCUUCUUCCUGCUCACUCAUAGCUGGUCAUAGAUCCCUCUGAGGAUGUGAGGUCUUUGACUACUGAGGCAUGUCCACCGCUCACACAUUCAUUCACUGUCCAGUCGAGAGUUUCGAGCAGACAGCUACCAGAAAAUCACUUUUCUACAAAAACCGAUGCUAUCUUGUUACACCCAAAGAAUGAAUCAUUGUCCGGCAACACAGUUUGAAUCAUAGUUAGCACACAUAUCUGCCAGCGGUCCCGGGGGCUGGUGCAAAAGGUCGGUCACAGUGAUCAGGCAAGCAUUGCAACUGCACUGAUUUGAAGUAGAUAAGCUGGUUUCUUUGACAAACAGCUCAGGUUUAGCAACUGUUGAGUGAGGAGAUUAUCAGUGCUCUUAAUGCUAAAGCUUUCUUCUGGAUGUUCACCAAGUACCAGUGGAUGGUAAAUACUGGGCUCCCUGUGUGAGCGCCAGUUUGCAAACCUUUUGGUUAAAGCGUUUUGGAUAAAUUUCUGCAAAUGUUUCGAUCUGCUGGCGAACAUCAACUUGCAACUGCGGACCCCCACACGUACAAUAUCUAUAAAAAAGAGGGUUUUGCACCUUCAUGCAGAAAUGGGAGUCCGAGCUUACUCUUGCAAAAGGGCUGCUGUAUUACCCCAGGCCUUUUCUCACUGACCCCCCCCCUCACCUGCUUGGCUUUGCUCCAAUGUAAAAGCCUGGGUAGUAGUUUGGAUGUUGGAGGAAUGCCUCCCAUAUCGGGUGACCCAUUGCCCCAUGGCCUUUGCUCCUUGCCUAGCUAGCAGCGAGAGAGAGUGCUCCUGGCGGGUGCUGUAUCUCGUGUCACAAAAGCACCUUUCUACACAACAGGGGUACAGAGAAUGGGCCACAGCACAGUGGUUCUCCUUGGGUCGGCUCCAGCCCGCCAGUCGGAUUUCAGACCUCCCCCUGUGAUUCCAGCAAACACCCUCAUUGGUAGGGUAUGUGCUUUUGCCCAAACCUCGCAGAGAUAUCAGAAAGACCUGUAGCUCCUGGGGCUGCCUCCAAGCCACCGCCAGAGAGGAUAAAUGACCGUACCACUUGUGCAAUACUGGAAGUGGGAUUGAAAAUGGAAAUGAGAACAAGCAAAGAGAAGAAAAGAGCCUUUAAACUCGUCUGUUCUCAGAUACCAGUCAAUCAUGAGGAUUAGCUCCUGUCAGUCAACCCUUGUGGCUGUAGUUGUGGUUGCACUCACUGUGGUGUCCUGCGCUGAAGCUAAGACUACUCAGAGGCCGAAGUACCACUUCACCAAGAAGCCCCUCCCUCAGGUCACCGUACACAGCCCUGUCACCACCAGCAUGCCCAAAGCUCUCAAGACUGUCCUGAGUGCAAACCCCGUGAAGCCCCAACCGCUGCCCCCCACGGAGAGGACCACCUACCCAAAUCAGGUCUAUCCACAGUAUCGCACGGUGGCCACCGAGCCCCCUGGUGCCGGUCUGGAGAAUUACACUCUAGAUUACAACGAGUGCUACUUCAACUUCUGUGAGUGCUGUCCACCUGAGAAAGGCCCCAGGGGGCCAAAGGGAGACAGAGGCCUGGAAGGGCCUCCAGGUGAUAGAGGCCUUACAGGAGCAGCUGGUUUACCUGGCCCACAAGGAGUCAGUGGUCCUAUGGGGUUGAAAGGAGACAGAGGAGAAAAAGGGGACAAAGGAAGCAGUGGGACUGUCGGGCCACCCGGAGGCUCCGGGAAACCGGGACAAAAAGGGGAUGCUGGCGCAGUAGGUGAGAAAGGUGAAAUAGGGUUACAAGGUGUCAAAGGCGACGGUGGGGCGAAAGGGGAAUCUGGCCAGAAUGGGACUGCUGGUGAGAAAGGAGAACCGGGAAAGGAGGGACCAGCAGGACCUCCGGGAGUGGCUAUUGAGAUAGGUCCUAAAGGAGACAAGGGGGACAGGGGGGAAUGUGGGACUUUUGGGGAGAGGGGACAGAAAGGCGAUCGAGGUGAUACGGGAUCUCCCGGCAUUCCAGGAGGGAUGGGCAUUCCAGGAGUGAACGGCAAGCACGGUUCCCCGGGUCCCGUGGGUCUCCGUGGGGAUCAGGGACCUCCGGGACCACAAGGAGAGCCGGGCCUCCGAGGACCUCAGGGACCACAAGGCAUAAGAGGGAUGCUUGGACCAAAAGGGGACAGAGGUUUCCCUGCGAAGAGAGGUGAGCGAGGCAUUCGUGGAAUCAAAGGGUCGAAGGGAUCCGAGUAUGUCCAGAAACGCUCAGCCUUCAGUGUAGGUAUCUCCCCGAAAAAGUCCUUCCCCCCUUCUGGCUUCCCGAUCCGCUUCGACAAAGUCUUCUACAACGAAGAGAACCACUUCAAUGUCACGUCCAACAGCUUCACGUGUGUCCACGCUGGCGUUUACGUCUUCUCCUUCCACAUCACGGUGCGCAACCAGCCCCUGCGCGCCACGCUGGUGGUGAACGGGUCGCGGCGGGUACGAACGCGGGACUCGCUGUACGGUCAAGACAUCGACCAAGCGUCCACCCUCGUGGUGCUGCAGCUGGCGGUGGGGGAUCAGGUGUGGAUGGAGACACUCAGAGACUGGAAUGGGGCAUAUGCCAGCAGUGAGGAUGACAGCAUCUUCUCCGGGUUCCUGCUCUAUUCACAUCCUGACCCUCCGCUGUAAACAUCUGUAACAUCUGGGACUAUUUCAUCUCAUUCUCUGGAAAAGGGACAAAUACCAAGUGGUGCUUCAUGACACGUAUUACUUAUGAACGGCUCAAAACCUGCACACAAAGAAAACUUAAGGACUGCAAUGUCAAGAUCAUGUUAUUGUGUUAUUAUCUUACCCGUAUCUUAUUAUAUUACCAUCUGAAUAAAAACAAAUGUCUUGUUUACUGCUGUUAUAUUUAUUUUCGAUGUUUCCAUCCCAACAAGCCUCGUCAGGUAACAAGCAUUACAACAAAGACACAGGGUAAAUGAUCCAAUCCACAAGAAGGAGGCAUUUUGAGAAAACACACACCACACACACAUCCAUUAGGAGAAGGCUUUAAAAUGUACGAUGUGAGAAGAUAAGCAGGGUGACAAAGAUACAACGACUUGUAGACUGAAGGCUUGUUGAUAAAUAUACCAGGGGUAGAGUUUAUGUCUACAUAUAUAUAUAUGUAUUAUAUAUAUGUAUACAAACACAUACACACACAUUCAAAUCGUGUUUGCAGAUUGUGUGCAGAUUUUUAAUAUUUUAUUUUACGAGGCCUGUCAACUUCUUACACAGUGUGUUAAACCAUACACUUUGCAUAAAGUGGUUACUUAUAGCUAUAGGUUUUGCCCUCGGGCAGCGUGGUGGCGGUUAGCACUGUCGCCUCGCAGCAAGAAGGUCCCGGGUUCGACUCUGCCCAGCGGCCUUCCUGUGUGGAGUCUGCAGGUUCUCUGUAUGGCUUCUCUCGGGGUUCUCCAGCUUCCUCCCACAGUCCAGAGACGUGCUCUGGGGAUCAGGUUGAUCGGUGACACUAAAUGCACGUGUGGUGCAUGUGAGUGUUUGUCUCUGUGUUAGCCCUGUGUACCCCGUCUCUCGCCUGAAGUUGGCUGGGAUUGACUCCAGCCCCCUUGCUUACCCAAGCGGAUUUAAAUGACCACAUGUCACACCCCCACAAAGAAGUUCUCUUUGUUUUGCUGUCUUCCAUCUCUUUGUUUACUGCUGCCGCACUCUGACAUCUCCUGUUAAUCCACACUUUGUCUGAUGGCUUAGGCCAUCUGUCAAAUUGCAAAAACAGACAUACAAAUGUAUGACUUAUGUGCUAAGUAGAUAAAAGCUUUAAAUAAUAAGUAUCCUUAUGCAUAUCGAUUGAGUGAAUUUACAAAUACUACUCAACUGUAAUGCUGUACA